UGUUUUCCGAUUUGUUCCUCUCUAGUUUCUUCCGUUCACAUCAAUGUUCGCUGCUAGACAACAGUUUGUGAGAAAAUCCGCUACUCUUGGCUCUAGCGUACGCGUAGCCGCUUCCAGAGCAAUGGCUCGUGCGCUUCCUGUUGCUGGUCAGCAAGCAGCUCGCGGUUUCUCUACCUCCAUGGCUCCUAAAUUCAUUGCACUGCGCGCUUUGGCGCAACCUACCGUUGCAAAGGAUGCCAAGUAUUACAGCGCAAAGGCUUAUCCUGCUCACAACGUCAUUGCCAUGCCCGCUCUUUCGCCUACCAUGACGGCCGGUGGGAUCGGUGCUUUCCAGAAGAAAGUGGGAGAUGAAUUGCAACCUGGUGAUGUCCUGAUGGAGAUCGAGACUGAUAAGGCACAAAUGGACUUUGAAUGUCAAGAAGAAGGCUUCAUUGCCAAGAUCCUGGUUCAGGAGGGCGAUAAGGAUGUUCCUGUCGGCAAACCCAUUGCUAUUCUCGUUGAAGAUGAGGCCGAUAUUGCUGCUUUCGAGGACUAUAAAGUAGAAGAUGCUGCUCCUGCUAAGAAGGAAGAACCCACAAAGGCAGAAGCUGCACCCGCUACUCUCGAACCCGCAAAGAAGGAGGAAAAGCCUGCGGCCGCUAAGCAGGAGACACCCGUUCAGAAGCCUGCUGCUCCAGCUGCUUCUGCACCCUCCGCACCCAAGGCCGCUGCUCCCGCCUAUACUCCUCAGAGUGCCACAGGUGAUGCUUUUGCCGAUAUCCCUACCUCGAAUAUGAGAAAAAUCAUCGGUUCCCGCUUGCAAGAGUGCAAGCAGACUGUGCCUCAUUAUUAUUUGACCGUGGAAAUCAAUAUGGACAAGGUGAACAAGCUCCGUGAAGUUCUCAACAAAUCGGGCAACGGUCAAUACAAGCUGUCUGUCAACGACUUCAUCAUCAAGGCUUCCGCUCUUAGUUUGAAAAAGGUGCCUGAAGUGAACGCCUCCUGGCACAACGACUUCAUCAGACAGUAUCAUACAUCCGAUAUCUGUGUGGCGGUCGCUACCCCUACUGGUCUGAUCACUCCAAUUGUUACCAAGGCUGAAUCCAAGGGCUUGGCUACUAUUUCUUCUCAGGUUAAGGAAAUGGCCGGUCGUGCUCGCAAUGGUAAACUGGCUCCCCAUGAAUACCAAGGUGGCAGCUUCACUAUUUCCAACUUGGGAAUGUACGGUAUCAAGCACUUCACUGCUAUCAUCAACCCUCCUGGAGCAUGCAUUCUUGCCAUUGGUGGUACACAGAAGAAGGUGAUCGCUGACGCAACACAGGAACGCGGUGUGGCUGUCCGCGAUGUCAUGGAAGUUACUUUGAGCGCUGACCACCGUGUGGUGGAUGGCGCUGUCGGUGCUACCUGGUUGCAGGCCUUCAAGGAAUUCAUGGAAAAUCCUCUCAAGAUGAUGUUGUAAUUUAAGUAGAUAUUAUAGAUUCUGAAAUUCAUUAUCUGUUCAAAACCAUCAAAAACACGUUCAGUUUUUGGCGUCACUAAGGUUUGCUAAUCCGCACAGUAUAUGCAGAUGUGGGGUCGAGCUUGGCUGGUUCUCGUUCAGCCAGUCGCAGACUAUCUUACUUAGGUGAAGAAUAAUAAUAUGUCUUUGUCGAUUGUAUCGACGGUCACUAUCCGAGACAUUCAGGAUUAUAGAGAUAAAGCACGGACGACUCUGUAGCUCAGAAGUGUUACAACAGUAAGUUCGCAAAAUUCGCUUUUCUAGUGGAAAUAGGGCAUUGGAAAUGUCUGUAUUGUUGCAGUUUCGCCGUAUUGAGAAACACUAAGGAGGUUGUUCUUGCCUAAAAAUGGUUGGGGAAGUAUCCAAAAGAAAGGAAAGAUCAUUUGCAAGUAUCCAACAUCAUGCGCUGCUGAUUAACCAAGUUGUCCAAUCAUAUUGCGCCAAACAGUG